GCCUAAACAAUAAAAAUGAAAUAACCAAAGGAGCAACCAAACCAAACCGACCAAAAAUCAAAGUGGCAAGUAACGUAAUUAGGUUGGAAAUGACUGGUCCUUCUGGGAAUACGGCAACUUUAAUAAUGAAGUUUCCGUCUCUCUCGCCAAGCAUUUCCUCGUUUGGUUGCGGUUGUUCCUUUCUCAUCUCUUCGUGUUGCCUUCUCCCUCUCUCUCCCACACCCACUUUUUAAGAAAUAAACACGUCAUAUAAGCUGAACUGAAACCAACUCAACAGCAAAGCAAUUUUGCAAAGCUCUUUUGGAUUCAAGAAAGAGAAAAAGAAAGAAAGCAAGCAAGCAGAAAUGGCUCUGAGUCUCAAUUCCAUGAUAACCUUCCCAUCUCACAACCUCCCUUCUAAGUCCCACAAUCUCAGAUCUCCAAAAAUCUUCAUGGCCUCCACUCUUCACUCCUCCCCUAAAGAGACCGAGAAUCUGAAAAAGUCUUAUUGCCCUCCACGUGAGACACAUGUUCAAGUGACUCAUUCAAUGCCUCCUGAACAGAUUGAGAUCUUCACAUCAUUAGAAGAUUGGGCUGAGAAUAACAUCUUGGUGCACCUAAAGCCUGUUGAGAAGUGCUGGCAACCACAAGAUUUUCUUCCACUCCCUGAUGAUUAUUUUGUUGUGUUGGUUGGAGAUAUGAUCACCGAAGAAGCCCUACCAACAUACCAGACAAUGCUUAAUACCUUAGAUGGAGUUCGGGAUGAGACUGGUGCAAGCCUUACUUCCUGGGCAGUAUGGACCAGGGCCUGGACUGCCGAAGAGAAUAGGCAUGGUGACCUUCUUCAUAAGUAUCUUUAUCUUUCGGGAAGAGUAGAUAUGAGACAAAUCGAGAAGACAAUUCAGUAUCUUAUUGGAUCAGGAAUGGAUCCUAAAACAGAAAACAAUCCCUACCUUGGGUUCAUAUAUACUUCAUUUCAAGAGAGGGCAACAUUCAUCUCCCAUGGGAACACAGCCAGGCAAGCCAAAGAGCACGGGGACCUGAAAUUGGCUCAGAUAUGUGGUACCAUUGCCUCGGAUGAAAAACGCCAUGAAACUGCCUAUACAAAGAUUGUGGAAAAGCUCUUUGAGAUUGAUCCAGAUGGCACUGUCUUGGCUUUAGCUGACAUGAUGAAGAAAAAAAUAUCAAUGCCAGCCCAUUUGAUGUACGAUGGUCAAGAUGAUAAUCUUUUUGAACAUUUCUCGGCUGUUGCCCAGCGGCUUGAAGUGUAUACUGCUAGGGAUUAUGCUGAUAUUUUGGAGUUUUUGGUUGGAAGAUGGAACAUAGAGAAGUUGACGGGUCUUUCUGGUGAGGGACGUAGAGCACAAGAUUUCGUGUGUGGAUUGCCGCCAAGAAUUAGAAGGUUGGAGGAGAGGGCUCAGGGAAGGGCGAAGCAAGCAUCCACUGUUCCAUUCAGCUGGAUUUUUGGUAGAGAAAUAAAGGUAUAAGUGCUGCUGCAUGUGGUUAGCAUUGGCCCCCAUCUUAUCUUGGCUCGUAGAGUAAUAGAUAGAAUUUGCCAAUCUACAUUUUGGUCUUGUCAUUAUGAUGCUCUCUUCUCUGUGUGAGAUGGUUGGGAAGACUUUUGUAGAUACUCUGUUUUCUUGUGUUGGUCUUGGGGCGAGUGAACUAUAGUUGUUCGUACAAGUGUUUAUGUUCAACCUAGAAACUAAAAAGAGUAAGUAUCUUCCUUUUUCCUUUUAAAAUGUGUUUCUGUAAGAGUACCUGCUGCUGCCAAUGGUGAGCUUAUCUAAAGUAAUGGAAGGAAUUAUCCGUCAAAACAUUUCUUUGUCAAGGAAGAAUGCUUUUCCGGAAAGCAGACCCUUGUUUUAUACUCUUUGCAAAAUCAACUCAUGCUAUCUAUUAUUUGAGCUUUGUGAUUUA